ACUGCGGUAUCAGACGGAGCGUUCAAAAGAAAUUUCCCACAAUCCCGUGCUUUGUUUACAACCAUUAAAUGUAAUCGCGUAAAUUGAAGGGAGGAGUUUGUGCUUUCGUUUUGAUAGCUAAGCUAGCUCUCUCCCUCAGUUUGUUUGUUUUUUUGUUUUUAACGCAACGAUGCUAUGUGCAGCUACGAACGUCUAAGAUAAUUUUGGUGCGAGAAUUGUAUUUACUGGCAGCAUUCGAUGUCUCAACUAUAUGUAGAGGCGUACGGAGACACAGCACGCGAGCCCCUGCUUGCUGCCUCCAGUAACAUAGUGACUACAUCCCAUGAUUCGGAUAAUGAAGGGGAUGUUGUCUUUGAGAGGACGCUAGACGCCAGUAAUGAUCACAGGAAAUUGUCGUAUGAGGAGGCCGUCGAGGAAGCAGGGUUUGGUCUGUCCCAUGGCCUUCUGCUGGUGGUGUGUGGCUGGGCCAAUGCCAGUGAUGCAGUGGAGAUACUGUGUGUGUCCUUCCUUCUGCCCACCGCCCGCUGUGAUAUGCAGCUCAGCUCAGCAGAUAUGGGGUUGCUGACCGCCAGCAUAUUCCUUGGUAUGAUGCUUGGUGGAUAUAUGUGGGGGUAUCUGGCUGAUCAGACAGGCCGACAGAGGGUGCUGGCCAUCUCACUAGCAGUGAACGGAAUAUUUGGUGCUGUGGCCAGUUUAGCCCAGAGCUUCUGGCUGUUCCUGUUACUACGGAUCCUUAGUGGAAUAGGUGUGGGCGGCUCCAUCCCCGUUAUCUUCUCCUACUUUUCUGAGUUCCAGCCAAGGAUGCGGCGAGGGGCCAUGAUCAGUGCUCUGGCCACGUUCUGGAUGGCUGGAAACCUUUUAGCUGCAGGUGCAGCCUGGUUGAUCAUCCCCAAGACAUUUCUGCAUAUUGAGCUAGGAUGGUUGGACUUCCAAAGUUGGAGGGUGUUUGUGGUGGUAUGCUCCAUCCCCAGCUUAACCUCAGCCCUCAUCUUCAGGCUGGUCAUGCCAGAGAGCCCCCGCUUCUUAAUGGAGGCUGGCAGAGAGGAGGAGGCACUGACUGUGUUCCAGUGGAUGUACAAACUCAACCACCGAGGAGAUCUCAAUUCAUUCCCAGCUGCUGGGCUAGUUAUCCCUAGAGAAGAUGGGGACAAAGGGGAUCCGAGGAUCAGAGUUCGAUGCUCUCAGGGUAUAUAUCAUUCUGUUAAACGGGGGCUGGCUCCAAUCACACAGCUGUUUGUAAGCCCUUUGACCUCCAGAAGCAUUGCCCUGCUCAUCAUUUUCUAUUGUAUAUCAUUUGGAUUUUAUGGUUUGUGGAUGUGGCUUCCUGAGCUCUUCAAGAGGGCUGAAGCUGGAGGUUCUCCAUGUUCCAACAUGUCUGAAGCUCAAAGCUAUGAGAAUAAGAGCUGCUAUCCAGUCAAAACUGCAGUGUACAUGGAGGGCUUUAUAACUGCAGCAUCCAACCUCCCUGGAAGCAUCUUCACCAUCCUGCUGAUGGAUGUAGUGGGAGGGAAGAUCCUCCUCGCUGGGAGUCUGCUGGUGUCCAGUCUGAGUGUUUUCCUGAUUUAUGAGGUAAAAACUAAAGGCCAGAGUUUCUUGAUGUCGUGUGUGUUCAGUGGGGUCUCUGUCAUCUCUUGGAAUGCUCUGGAUGUUAUCAGCACUGAGCUCUAUCCCACACAUUUACGGUCCUCUUCCCUGGGCUUCUUCAAUGGAGUGGGCCGCGUAGCAGCAAUCAUGGCAAAUGUUGUUUUUGGGCAACUGGUGGACUCUAACUGCGCACUGCCUAUUGUGCUGGUAGCAGCUCUACUGCUAACUGGCAGCCUAGCAGCUCUACAUCUGCCUCCCACUAAACAGACAGAACUGACAUGAAACACACGUGCAUGAAAUUAACAAAAACCAACACACACACUUCACCUGAAUAAACACAAAGUCCAUGUGGACAUUGGCUUCCUUAAAAGCCUGUGCCACAGGCAUUAUUGGGAUCCUACAAUCUAUUCAGUCUGGUGGUAGCUAGCAAAGAUUUCCAGGUGGAUUUUCUGACUAGAGCUACUAAAAUCAAAUAAUUAAAAUCUGGCCUCCAUUUGUGAAAGAGUCAGGAUGUUCCAAAGCAUAGCUAUUCACACAACCUAAACAUCACAGCAAGAACACAUGUUGGGGUCCAGUGCUUUCAGUCACUCUAGGCUCUUGUUGGAUUGAGCUACUCAGGUUCUACCACAUCAAUGAGAUAAAGCCAGAAGCAGAUCUCCUAGCAGAAUGCAGGCUUCAUGCUUACAGAAAAGUCUCUCUUUGAAACAGUCACAUUAUACUUAUCAACCAACAGCUAAUUAAUUAGCCUUGUGUAAUUGCACUUACCACCUGUUAACACAUUUUUUUAUUUUAUAAUAAACAAUAAAUGUUUUAGAAUUGUUAUUAAAUAAGGCAUUUCAUUUUUUGACCAGUAAAUCAUAUGCAGUAUUUUUAUCUGCAACAAUAGGACCAAGGAAUAUGUAGAAAAAUAGUGAAAUCAUUUUUUUCUGAUAUCAUACUUGUAAUGUGACUCUAAACCAGUGUUCUCUGAAAUAUGUUUUUCAACGGAAAUAAAAUGAACAGACUGGUAA